AUGCCCAGGUGGCUUGCCCGGCACAAAGCUAGGUCUCAGGGUGAAGGCGGGGGUCCAGCCUCCCGCCCUUUGUCACUGAAUGAAAGCUUCAGAAUUCCAGCGCUACGAAGUGCGGGGCCCGAGGCGCGCACCCCGCGUGUCCCCCGGAGGCUGCCGGACACGGUGCUCAUCCUGAGCCUGCUGAUGGGCGUCUCUGCCUUCGCCACUCAGCCCGGGGAGCACACGGCGGCCGCAGGAAGUUGCCGAUACCGGGGCCAGCACUUUAAGACCAGCUUCAAGGUGGAAGGGGAGCCCGUGGUCCUGAGGUGCCCCCAGGUGCGGUACUGGUUGGGGGCCUCCGCCAGCCCCCACGUCAACAUGACGUGGCAUAAAAACGGCUCUGCCAGGGCGAUCCCGGAGAAGGAAGGCGCGCGCCUGUGGGUCCAGGACGGCGCGCUCUGGAUUGUGCCGGCUGUGCGGGGGGACUCCGGCACCUACAUCUGCACUGUCAGAAACGCCUCUUACUGUGACGAAAUGUCCAUGGACCUCAGGGUGCUUGAGGACACAGAAGCUUCCUUGCCUGUCAUCUCAUACCCCCAAAUCCUGACCUUCUCCACCUCGGGCUCCUUAGUCUGCCCUGAGCUGAGUGAAUUCGCCCCUAACAAAACUGACAUGAAGAUUCAGUGGUACAAGGAUUCUGUCCUUUUGGAUCAAGACAACGAGAAGUUUCUAAGUGUGAGAGGAACGACUCACUUACUCAUACAAAACGUGUCUGUGGAGGACGCCGGCUAUUACAGCUGCGUCCUGACGUUUGCCCGCGGGGGCCUGCGGUACAACAUCACCAGGAAUAUCAAACUGCGCGUCAACAGAAGAGAAGAGGAGACCAUUCCCGUAAUCAUUUCGCCCCACCAGACCAUAUUGGCUUCCCUGGGGUCAAGACUGACAAUCCCAUGCAAGGUGUUUCUGGGAGCUGGCACGCACUCGACCACCUUGCUGUGGUGGAUGGCCAACAACACCAACAUAGACAGUGCCUACCAGGACGGCCGUGUGACCGAGGGGCUGCGCCUGGACUACUCGGAAAACAAUGAGAACUACAUCGAGGUGCCGCUGAUUUUUGACCCAGUCGUGAGAGAGGACUUGACCACAGAUUUUAAAUGUGUUGUUCGCAAUACCCUGAGUUUCCAGAUGCUUCAUACCACAGUCAAAGAAGCCGCCACGUUCUCCUGGGGCAUUGCCCUGGCGCCCUUGUCGCUGGUCUUCUUGGUUUUUGGGGGAAUAUGGCUGCACAGAUGGAACAAACACAGACCUGGAAAGGCGUGUGGUCUGACUGCACUGGAGACCGGUCAAGAUUUGCAGCCCUACCCAAGUAAAAUAAAGGAAAUAAAGUGA